UUUGGCGCUUUCGUUCUACUACGUGCAGAAAAUGAUAUUUGAAAGAUACAACGGCCACAGACAAUCGACUUCCAACCCUUGAAGGUGACUAUAUAGUCGACAUCAUGGCCGACUCGAGCGACAAUGUCAACCCGGCUCCUGCUAUCGACGAGACUCCUAUCUCUCCUAGCCGUCCCGACCCUCAGCGCAAGAACUCUCUCGAACAGCACCUGAAACGUCGUCCGGUGCGCCAGGAACUGGUCAAAAAAAACAUUCUUCCUGCCUCAAACGCAGCUCCGGGGCUCAUAGCACAACAGAAAGAGCUCGAAAAGCAUAUGCGUGCUGAUUCUUUGAACGAAAGAAUCGCCCACCGGCCCUCCCCAGAAGCAUUGAUCAAAGAAGGGGUCCUUCAUGAAGACCCCCGCUCGCCUUGACAAAAAGUACCAGGAUGCUAUUAAGGAAGAACAUAUGAAAAGAGGAAGCAGUGCUUGAUUAACAUCAACGACGCCACAAUCCAACAGUCGCUUCGAGAAUGGGAUGACGCAUAGCUAGAAGGUGAUCAAAACAUUGAUUCUACUACCCACAUCCUCAGAGGCAGUAGUUUGAACAAACACAUAUACCUAUUUUUUGCUAAGAGGUCGUGUUCACCCUGACCUGUCAUGUCAGGCAGGAGGGACCCUGCUAGGUCCGACCCUUGUCGGACUCGGGACUCUAGAGCAGACCGGACAUCCAAACUUAAGAGAUCUAUCAAUCAAUCAAGCAGCUGAUCAGCAUCAAG